UCAUAACGGUCAAUUUUGAUUUUCCAACGUUCAUUUGAUUUUCCAACGUUACUACUUUUUUCCCGUUUUCGUGUAGGUCCGCUUCCUGUGGUAGCUUUAGAGCCAUCGUUAUUUUCCAGCAACAUGGGAAAUUUACUUGGCGACACUAACCCUGGUACUGAUGUCACAUUCAUCUUUCCCGAUAAGACCACAGUGGAGGCUCAUCGCCUGGUUUUGUGUUGUACUUCUUCCUUAUAUCGCCGUAUAUUCCUCAGUAACACAGCUCUAUCGAACCUGAACGCAGCUAACCCUGAUGCUAAAAUUGGCGGCAAACUAACCAGUAAGGAUAUUAACAAUGGUCGCGUUGCAGGGUUCGUCCUGGUGUCUAGCGACCGGGACAUACCGUAUGAUUGCGUGUACUUUGAAGAGUCGCAACGGAUAUUCUUAACAUUGAGUGAAGAUAUAUCUAAAGCGGCUUUGAUUGAGGUGCUCAAUUUUAUGUACACAGGAAAGCUCAAUCUCUCGACAGAAACCGAAGAGAAACACACGAUGGCUAUACUUGAUGUAGCACAGACAUUUGAAGUGGAAAUUUUAACAGAGUUUUUAAAGAGCGAGCAGGAAAUGUCCGAAAAAGAUUUAUUUGAACAAUGGAAGGCCGAGUUCGUUUCGUUUGACGACGCAUUGUUCUGCAAUACCUCUCGUUUCUCCGACGUUUCGUUUCGUGUCGAGGAACAACUUGUUCGUGCUCAUCUGUGCGUUCUCAUUGCACAUUGUGAUUUCAUGGCCGCCAUGUUGAGUGGCAAUUUCCAGGAAAGUGGGCAACAAGAGGUAUGUUUAGAACUUGAAUUAAUAAGAGCUUUAUAAGUUUUUCAAAUGAAAUACAGUAUAUUAACAGAUGCAUAUUUGCCAGCUAACCUGAUUGCGGUGCCGAAACGAAUUUGGCAUCACUUAUAUUCCUGCAUAAGUUUAUUAAUCUGUUGUUUGAAUCACAUGAUUCAAAAACAGUAUUUCUUCUUGUGGUACACUGUCUUGCUUUGCGCAUGCUCCAGAGCACCACACUGUAGUACUAUGUUUCAUUUUAGCCAGACGAUUUUACUUCUCUGGCUCUACAAGACUAUGAUUUUCUUGAUUUUUGUUUUCCCGAGAAUCUCAAUGUUGAAUCACAUUGAGAUUCGAGGGAAAACAAAACUAACUAUUUCCCGAGGGAAAAGACGUUAAGUGUUUUGUUAUAUAGCGACGAAACAAAUAUCAACAUUGAACAACAUUCAUACAACAAUAUUUGUAUUUCAUGACAAAAACUCUAUACCGUAAACGAGUUAAAAAACCUACUUAAAUGGUUUCAGCAGCAUAUCCUGUUGCCUGUUAUGUAUUUUUCUUCUCUUUUACAUUCUUUAUUUUAACACAAAGCCACGAAAACAGUAGUUUAAAUAGUAUAAAUUUGUGCCGUCAUUUUGUUUAUUUAUGUACGUAGCCGGUCGGGGCGGGCAACAAUUUUUCACUUAUUGCCCUGGCGGGAUACAUUGCAUUUAUCUAAAGCCACGUGACUACAAAUCAGCCAAUCACGUUUGGUGUUCACACUAGCUAUAUAACAACUCUCAUUGUCAUUUGAUCGAGGUCCAUGCAACUUUGAGCUUGUUCAAAUUUUGAUGAGAGUUUUUGCUCGUUUGAUCGGUAGUAGCCAACUCUCAUUAACUCUUGGAGGCAUGAGUGUUGAAAAAGCUCUCGUGCAAAACCUGCUACACUGUAAAUUGCGAGGAGUUCAAUCAACUCCAAAAGUGUUAUUCUGUCAUUCUUAUUAUUUUGGUGACAGAAUAUCUGACUCUUCCACAGCCCCUCGUUAAUAUAUUUUAGUACGGGAGAAUAUGCCCGUUCGCGGGUUAGGCGUUGACAGCUAUUCCCAUCAUCCAACGCGAGUGACUGGGAACGAGUCAGACAGAAUAUAGCAGUUUUGAAGUUGAUUCAACUUCUUGAAAUGUACAGUGUAUUAGCUAUUGCGCUAACGAGUUGAUAUACAGAUCGUGAACUUUUGUUCACGAUCUGUACUGUACGUACAUGUACUUGACUUGACGGAUCGUGAAGCUGUUUCACGUCUCGUAUCAUGUUUCAUUACCCUGGAAUACAAAAAGUUUAACUGGUGUAUAUAAUGUCUUACAAGAGCAUUUCUGGGUCCAAUCCCACCGAAAAAUAACAUAUUAUAAAUGAGUUCAAUUAAAGAAAAACAGGAACUUCAGAUUAUCCGAUUUGUAAAUGAUAUAUUCACUCUAUCGUUGUGAUGCAGGCCUCCAAUUUGGGAAAAAUAGAGGCAAGGCCAGUUUGGCCUUAAAUGUUACUAAGUUUUUCAGAGCAUCAAGGCCAGUAUACAGGGUAUCAAGGCCAGUUUGAAAAUUUUAUUCAGUUGCUAUUUUGAAGUUUCAAAUAACGUUUGAGCUUCCAUGAGAAAACAAAAAUAUACAAAACAGCAACAAUACUGUUAAAAAAAUGCCAAAUGAAACUAUUCAUAUCAUAGUUACAUGCAUCGUAACUACCUAUUAAGAGGAGUUUUUUUGUAUGUUAAAUUAUAAUACUCACUCAAAACUAGUGCGUAUAAUAUACCACUUAAGGUUAAAAUUUUAUGACUAAAUUUAAAAUUUUUAUUUUUCUAUACGUUUUUCAAGCGGCAAACAAACUUAAAAAGUACGUUUUAGUGCUUUAUCUGUAAAAUAAUGCUAAAAUGAAGAGAUUUUAGAUGAUACGCCGAAGAGAAAAUGAUAUCUGAAAUUCAGCAAGUUUUGCUCAUAUGGCUGUAAAUAUGGUGUCAAUUUUAAAGCAUCAUUGAUAAUUGUAUUUUAAUUGGCAAUUUUUAACUAUUAUUAUAUGUUUCUCAACCGGCAGAUGCAUUUAAAAAGGUUGCUAACUCUAUAAACUAGAGAAUAAAGCUAAAACAAAGUAAUUUUGAGAGGAACGCCAAAAAGAUGAAUUUCGUUUUGAACACUUUGUAUCGCAAAUACGUGACAUUGAAAAAAGUUGCCUCUUGACUUAAACUAUAACUAAUAAAAUUAAACUAUAAGUGAUUAUUGCCAAUUUUACAAAUCAUACACUUGGUAGUCUAUAUACUGUACUCUGUGGUUGAGGGCAGGCCACUACUGGCCGUGGAUUUCAGUAUAUUUCAAGGGCAUAGCGGCCAACAAGCAGGGCUUCGACGGCCAGUGGCCGCCGUGGCCGCCGCUAAAUUCGAGGCCUGAGUGAUGGUAGAUAAUGUAUCGAGCUCGAUCCACGGUAUAUACUAAAGGCCUUCGUUCGAAACGUCCAAGUUCAAUCUAUUUAUAUUAUUCAGGUAGUUGUAUUUCCUAUAAAGAUUUGUGUUUGUUCUCAUCACUGUCUAUGCUGGCACAGACCGUUCGAGAUUUGGUAUCGUUGUGAUACCAAAGUGCAACAGUAAAAAUUCAUCAUAUCAUCUCAUUUUGAACGGCGGUGCCAGUUAGGCAGCCACGAUAAUGAACGGCUGCAGUGUAACAGAGAUACAACUACUUGAACAUUAUUAGUUAUGAGUUAGAAGAGCUUACGUCGAAGUUUUUUUUUGAAGGUAGCAUUUAAUAUAGGCAAGUGUUUUCUAAAUUAAAAUAUUUUUUCGCCCAGACUGAAGGCUAUGAGUUGGAAAGUUUUGAACCUAAGUUAAAGGCCUGAUCAAACGGGAACGCAAGUCAUUGCAAGUUUUAACUUGCGCUUUCUGCAUGUGUGCCUCGUUUGACCACCAAGUUCCAUUUUGACCAUGGGAUCAGUUUCCAUGAAAACAAAAAAUACGCCGGAUCAGUUCCUAGUCCUGUGUACACGGGUUUCUCACGAUGUUAUUAAAUUAAGAUGUCCUUUUCUGGGGUUUUUUCUUGUCUUCACUUAAUCCAUUCUCUAGUUUUUCCACGUUUCCAAGCCCGAGACGUUUCGUCUUCACCAAGUACAGAAAACAACACGAUGCUGGCAGCUUUUUGCUUUCUUUCAGACAGCUUUUUUAAUAGUUUUUUACAUAUUUAAAUGGCGGCCCUCUUUUGUUUGCAUUUUUGCGACAUUUCAAAAUUACAGAAUUACCCGCAUGCACACGCCUUGCAAAUCGCUGCGAUAACUUGCGUAUCGUUUGACCAGUCGCAUCGCAAGUCAUGACAAGCAUGCAAGUGCAAGUUUACUUGCAACGACUUGUGUUCUCAUUUGAUCAGGCUUUAAGAGACGAGUCGGCACCCGUCACAUUCCUUUAAUCCACUAAACUUUGUUCUACUUAAAUUAGAUUCCGUUACCGUCCGUCUCACUGGAUGGCUUUCUUGGCUUCCUGCAAUAUCUUUACACGGAUAAUGUGAAUUUUGAGCACCACGAUCCUAUCGAGGUUCUUAAGGUUGCCAAUCGGUUUUGUUCUCCUCGCCUCGUUACUUUGUGUGAGGUUUGUCUGGAGAAGAAAAUGGAAUCAUCUCUCGCGAAUAGCAAGAAGAAAAGUGACAGAUUGGGAGAUCUCAUACAACUUAUUAUCACCGCACAGGUACACAUUAAUGCAUAUUUUACAUCUAGCUUUAUUUAUGCUGGAUAGCAGUGCGGGAAAAUGUCCGGCAGCACCGCUGAUAUCUUCGCAGGAAAUUUUCUUACACCUUGCAUGAAAUUUUUGUCUUGUUUGGAAUGCAAUAUAUAAUUUAUACUUAAUAUAUUGUUUGAAAAUUCCAAAGCUUUAGGCAAAGGCGUUUUUCAAACCGAGAUUGUCUUGUGCCGAGAAUGAAGUUGAUCUAUAGAGGACUGGGCUAGAUUUCAAGUUCGCGCAAUUUGAUCACGUCCGAAGCGAAGCCGAGGACUGUAUCAAAAUGCGAGGACUUAAAAUCUAGUCUAGACCGAAUUGGAGGAUUUGAAAUGGCGUCUCAUACGAAGAAUAACUUACUACUUAAUUAAUUUUGAUCCAGUCCAAGGACUGAAUUAAUUUUGAUCCAGUCCUAGGACUGGAUCAAUAGAGACCUUACGAUUUUAGGACGGCAACCGCGACGGCAACGGCUACCAAUACAAUAGAUCAUUGAGAAGAAUUGAGUAAUUACAAUAAAUGAAUAAUUUAGACAUUGUCCUCGCUCUGUUUACAACGCCAAAUCACAGAUUUUCACGUGUUGAUACAACGGCUGCAUUCCAAGCCACAACAAGUGCAACUUCAAACGGGGUUUAGCAGAACUCUUCCCAACCAUAAAACCCAUGUCUUCAACUUCUAAGACUGUAUCAAAUUCAUACGAUUGAUAAUAUACGACGAACUAUCCACUACCAUUUAUUUGAAGGAGUUUGUUUUGGCCGUCGCCGUCGCGGUUGCCGUUCUAAAAUCGUAAGGUCUCUAAUAUACUUCAUCAGGUACCCAGUAUUAUCAUGUGAGCAAAAUAAAGCAAUAUGGUUGGCUAAUUUACUCAUGAAUUGUUAAUGAGUUUGAGAUUUACACAGAAAACGUUUGUUUUUGGAUUUUGCUGGCGGGAAGAAAAAUAUAUUUUUUAGAGCGGUCUGUGCCAGUGUAGGUAGUGUUAAUAAUAAUAAGCUUUCGUUGGCAGGAAUGCAACUACAGUACCUGAAAAAUACAAAGCGAAAUUUCGCUUUGUAUUUUUCAGGUAGUUGUAACCCUACCAACGAAAGCUUAUUAUGUGGUUUUGUAGGCCUGCUGGAUAGCUACAGUAGCUAUAUCAGUUUUGUCUAAACGUUCUAAGGUCCAUCUAUUUUUGAUCCAGUCUUAAGCCCAGGUCACACUACACAACGAUAACGAUACGAUAACUUGUAUACGCGCGCUGAUUGGUCAAAAAUUUAUCGUUAUCGUCCGACUGAAAAAAAAAUCGCUCAGGUGAGCGAUUUUAAAAUCGUAAUCGUCUAACGAUAAUUUUAUCAUUUUCGUUGUUGUGUGGACACUAACACAAUUGUUUUGCCAAUUAUCGCGUGUUUACAAUUUAUCGUAUCGUUAUCGUUGUGUAGUGUGACCGGGCCUUUACUCUAGAGGAAACGUGGCUACCAGAGAAAACGUGCUAGUUUUGGCAGACUAAAUAUAAAUUAUAACUUAUGGCAAUAGAAAACUGUGAACACUUAAGUGCCUCGCACACCAGACCUAGUCUAUUGGUCAUUUAAAGUAAAAUCGCCCAAUGAACCAUUGAAAUGCUAAAUCAGUUGUGUUAGUAUCAAUAGGCACUCCAGACCUGGAAAAAGUGUUUUAUGUUCCUUGAAUCCUGAAUUUUCCUUUUUUCAAAUGUUCUUCAAAAGUGCAUAAAAUUGAUGGAAAAUUUGACCGAACAUUACGUCAGCGAUUUUCUUCUUUUGAUGGAUAUGAACGAGUGGACAAGUUACGAAUGUUCAGAUGUGGGUAUAACUCAUCUACUCGUUCACAUGCAUCAGGAGAAAAUCUCACACAAGAAAUCGCAGCAAAAAUUGCAAGUGUAAAUGUGCCUUAAUUUUAAGAGAGGUGUCCGUUGACAAGGUUCGACUGUACAUGCAACGGUUGCCGAAAAUUGGGAGGUGUGGUCAAUCAAGAUUGAUGGUUGACACGUUUUUUAACCAACCAAUGAAAAGCGUUUUAAAAAGGUUGCGCCCGCUCAUAUUUUUCUUUUGAGUCGCUCAUUGCAGAGAGACACAAAAGGUGUAGCCAUCUUCUGCGACGACAGCGCCAUACUGUUUUCAAGGCUCGUAAAGGUAAAGAAAAAAUAUUGUGUAAUAUAAAUGCCUUUUAUUUUUUUAUUUUAGACUCACAACGCUCAUCAACUGGCCUCCAAGUAUCUGUAUUAUAUUGCCAUCAAUUUUGAAGAAUUCAAAAAGAAAAAGGAACUGGACUGCUUAUCAACGGACAAUCUUAUUGUAAUUGAACAACAGAGAUGGCCUCCACCCUGUUAUCUGACAGAACUGAAUGCCUACCGGAAGACACAUGACAGAGACUCUUCGUGUACUUUAAUGUGAAUAUACAUGUCGGUAUCCUGGGUUGCCAGCGGUUGUCCCACGCUCGCAGAAAUACCACAUGUAAUACUGUAUAACACGAAGCCUACUAGGCGAGCUGGAAAAAGACUCCCGUACAGUUAUGUGACUGUCGUUUACGCGCUCUUAUCGAUCUAAUGUAUUGAUAGAACUAAAACUAAACCCCUUGGACCGGUUGUUGAAAGCAGGAUUAGCUGCUUAAUCCUGGGUUAUAGUGACAAACGCCAAACCAAACUUCGUUACAGAUCAUAUAGUUUAUCAAGGUAUGAUUGUCUGGAAACUGGACCGAAGUCAUCGUGUUAUGUUUUUGUCUGAGUUAAUUGAGGUAAUUGAGGUUAACACGGUAAUUGAGCGCAUUGUAUUUUCGUAUAAAUAAAAGUAAUCAUCCAAUAUAGCGAUAGCUGAGAUGAGCAAUCACGAUGAAUAAUACUUAGUGAAGUUGAAACAAAGGAUUUGUGAAUGGUCAAACAAAAGUUCAACAUCAAACUUGUGGCUUUGAAGUUUGCCGAGCUUCCAGACCAACUUCGAAAUAUUUUUCCAUUUUAAGAUUUUUUCUGGGUCAUUAGAAGGUUUAUUUUCUGAUGUUUUGAAAUGUACAAACUUGUAGAAAUACACAAAUCAAAAGACCAGAGAAGAAAACUCCUAGUGAAGGGUUAAAAGCUUAUAUGUCUUCGAACAACUGGCCCCUAUAUAGACCCAUUGCACUGACGUCACAAAUCCUUAGAGUGUUCUCCAGAUGCUCCUUAACAAUAUCUGUUCGGGUACAACAACCACAUACAGCGCAAAAAUUAACAAUUUUAAUACACAAUUAUUAUAAAGUUUUACAAAAUUUGCUUUGUUCACAAAAGUUAUAUUAUGCAUAGAUUGCUAAUUUGUCCUCCAGAUGCAUCGUCACCGGCGCUGUGACGUCAUGUGCAAUGGGUCUAUAGAGAAUAGACAAAUUUGCCAAACACUGUUUAUACUUUAUCUUUGGUGUUUAAAUAACUCGUAUUCAUAGAACACAGCGUGUCCCAAAAGUGCAAUUGCUGCGAUCCAGAUUUUUACACUAUAGUCUAUUGGUCAUAUAAACCAUUGGUUCGCCCAAUGGAGCAUUGAAAUCCUGAAUCAGUUGUGUUCAGUAUCAUAGGUUUGAUCAUAGGUCUGAUGACCCCUUAGACAUACCAUAGUUUCAAAAUUCAUCUCUUGGGUUGAAUUUCUUAUGGCUACUGACAAUGAAGCCUGGAAAUAAUUUUUUCAUGGGUGCCUGACACUUCGUCAGGUACCCAUUAGUGUCGGACAUAUUGCCAGACAUACUGUCCGGUGAGAAAAGCAUUUUGCCAGACAUUUGCCCUUUUCAUGUCGGUCAGUGUCCGGCCGCUUAUUUUCAGGCUUGCUAACAAUUAGUUGUGUAAACUCUGGAACACAGCAAUUUUUGGUUUUCACUUGACGUCAUGGCGGCCAUUUUGCAGGAACGCUAACAAAAUAAUAUAUUAGACGCUAUUGUGUUUGGAGUGUGUUUUCCUCUAACAUGUCCGCAUGACUCUAACGGUGUAGUGUGAACGUAGCUUUUUAUGUAAAAUAGUAUGUAAAAUUGUGCUUAAAUGAAAGAGAUUUUAGAUGGUUCGCCAAUUGAAAGGCAAAAUGAUGUCUGAAGUUCAGUGAGUUUCAGUGGCGAAGCUAUAGCCAUAUAGCAACAGGUCAUGCUAUACGCGAAUUUUUAAUGAUUUGCAUUAUUCAAACCUUUUGAAAUAAAGGAAUACCGAAUGGUUUUCCGUGCAGGAUUGCGUGAUCCCAAGUGCAUGGAUCACGCUAUCCUGCUUGGAAAACCAUUUGGUAUUUUUUUAUAAAAUAACUACAGUGAAACAAUGACAUUUUGGAAAUCCCGCGAAGGCAUUUUAAUUCCUUGUGCAGGAUAGCCUGAUCCUGCACGGCUAUUGACCAAUCAAAUUGCGUGUUUCACUUUAGUUAUUAUAUAAUGUAUUUUCUUUAAUCUAUAUACAGAUACGGGUUUAUUAGCAUAGCAUGACCAAUUGCCAUGGCUAGCUCGCCACUAUUGAAGUUUUGCUUACAUUGCUGGCGUCAAUUUUAAAGCAUUGAUAAUUGUAUUUUAAUUAAUUAAUUGAGUUGUUUACUAAUUAUAUUUCUCAAACGGCAGGUGCAUCUAAAACGGGUAGCUAACUGCAUGUAUAAUAAUUUUGAGAGGUUCUCAUCGCAAGUACGCCCAUGGAAAAGAUUAACGCGCUGUCAGGCACUACGCAACUUGUCUCGCAACUUAUCUUGUUGCGACACAAGUUACACGCAAAAUUGCAAAUUAGUGUAACAUACCUCGCAACAUUUUUGUUGCAACAACCAUUGCACAAGUAGAAUCAGGAUCUACUUUUCGCAACGACCGCGG